AUGGCUUCCAUUCAUUUGUACCCGGACAGACCAAGAAUCUAUCGUUGUUCCAUCAAAGGCAAGGAUGUGGAGAUUAGCCCGGACCAGUGCAAAGCGCUUGAGUUAGGACUUGGUUAUUACCCCAUUGCAGCCAUCUAUGGCCCAUCUGGUACAGGGAAAACCUUAGUCGGGGCCCUUAUAGCAGCAGGUUCCGCAGAAAGAGGGGAUACUGUGGUGGUAACGGCUGACAACAACUAUGCUGUGGCUCAGAUAACCGAAACUAUUCUCUCCAUUGAUGGUAUUCAAAAUUUGGGAAUCGUGCGAUAUGUUUCUGAUACAGCUGCCACGGAAAAUAACGCUUCGACUCAAGUGGACCUCGAUUCUGUCUUGGAAAAUCUCGGCGAUAUCUAUUUUGAUCAGCUUUCUGCAUGGGAACUCGAGAUGUGUCGCAAAUUCAAGCAGGAGAGGAUGAUCCUCAAGGAAUAUCUGCAAGAUCCUGAUCGUGGGCUGUUUAUGGCUGAACAAGAAAAGGAAGAUUACAUGAUUUCGGAAGAGUAU